AUGGAGAACCAGACUUUCACUGUCGAUGUCCUAAUCCUGGAGGGGUUAAAGGUCACCCCUCAGUCCUCCAUCCCUGCCUUCAUCCUCCUCCACCUCAUCUACGUCUUCAUCAUGGUGUCCAACAUCGGCCUGGUGGUCCUGAUCUUUAGGAGCAGGAGCCUCCACCAGCCCAUGUACCUGCUCCUCUGCAACAUGAGCAUCAAUGAUGCCUUCGGGGCCACGAUAAUUAUUCCUCAUGUUCUCAGAGAUCUUUUAUUAACAAACUCAGAGCGCUUCAUUCACUACAUGGACUGUGUCAUUCAGGCCUUCUGCGUUCACCUCCAUGCAAGCGCCUCUCACACGGUGCUCAUGAUCAUGGCCUUCGAUCGGUACGUGGCCAUCUGCAACCCCCUGCGUUACGCCACCAUCAUGACCGGCAGGAUGGUGGUGAAGCUGUCGGUUGCAGCCUGGGGAACAGCCUUCCUGUUGGUGCUGAUCCUCGUGGGCCUCAGUGUCCGCCUGUCGCGCUGCAGACGGGUCAUAUCGAACCUGUUCUGCGACAACGCCUCCCUGUUCAAGCUCUCCUGUGAGAGCGUCCUCAUCAACAACAUCUACGGCCUCGGCUACACGGUGGUGCUGCUGGGCUCCUCCAUCUGCAGCGUCACGCUCACCUACCUGAAAAUCACUGCAGUGUGUGUGAACAGUAAAAACAAGGUGCUGAACAGCAAAGCGCUGCAGACCUGUGCCACCCACCUGACUGUGUACAGCCUGCUCCUGGUGUCGGCCUUCAUCAUUGUCAUCCUGCACCGUUUCCCUCAGCUGUCAGAUCACAGGAAGGUGGCGUCUGUCCUGGGACAUGUUGCUCUGCCUGCUCUCAACGCUGUUAUCUACGGGCUGCAAAUUAAAGAGGUCAGACAGAGGAUUUCAGCCGUGCUCCACAACAAUAAAGUAGCUCUAAUAGAUGUAAAAUGA